AUGUCGAAUGGUCCUCCUCCAUCAAGACUAGUCUCGAUUUCGGCGCUUCCUUCAUGCGAAAUUGGAGACAAAGUGAGGUUUCUGGGUUGCGUCACCUCUUAUGCGACCAGUAAUGCAACCCUGACGCUCGAAAACACAUUUCACCUGGGCGACCGUGAUUUCGAUCCCCGCCAAUCGCGGGUUCAGGCACUGGUCGACGUGAAUCUUAUUCUCCAGUCACUGAACCAAGAGCAAACACGGGCUGGUGAAUGGGUCAACGUCGUUGGCUACAUUACCAAGUCGGGUUCCUCUGGCGACAAAAGGAAUGGCAGCCACAGCGUCAAAGUGCAGGCGCUGUUGCUUUGGUCCGCUGGGCCACUAAGUCUACAGGACUACGAGAAAACACUAUCGUCCCACGUCAAAGGUUUACCUGCCGGCCCGGACUCUCCGAAAAAAUUCUGA